UGUUGGAUUUUACUUCAUUAUAUUUCACAGGAAGAGAAAACAGACAAAAAGAGUGAACAACAAACAGUUUCCUCAUCAGCUGAUGACAAGACCCAGAAGAAGCCUGAGGAGCCCCAGGAGAAGCCGGUCAGGAAGAGGAAAUGGGGAUCAGCCCGGUCAAGUAGCAGCACCACCACUACCCCCCAGGCCAAGAAUAAAAGACUGUCAAGUAUAGAGUUCAGUACGGAGUCACUCAAGGAGCUGAUUCCAGACAUCAAAUCCAGCCCUAUAUCUGAGCCAGUCCUGGAUCUGGAUCUUCCAGAUGAGAGGAUCUCGGAUCAAGAAAAUGAACCCGAGGAAAAUCCACAGGAGGUCAAGAUUCAAAGAACAAUUGUUGUGCGUGAAGAUGAGGAGAAGGGUGAUGACGGAGAUGAUAGGUCAGAGGGCGAGGUCGUGGACGAGGAUGACAAGGACAAGGAGUCAGACAGUGAGGAGGAGGAGGAGCAGGGGGAGGGCACAGGUGACCAGGAGGAGCCAGCCAGGAAAGUGGAGAAAAAAGAGGAGUCUUCACCAGAGAAAAAAACAGAACCAAAAAUUAUCCGACAGAUCAGUCGACCUCAACCACUGAUAGAACCAGAUGAACCGACAGCAGCCAGAAGGUCGCCAUCUCCUCCUAGAAAACCAGUGUCCAAUGUGGUUCACAUCAGGAACCUGGUGCGACCCUUCACCCUCAAUCAGUUAAAGGAGUUACUGAAGAGAACCGGAAACUUGGUGGAGGACAGCUUCUGGAUUGAUAACAUCAAAUCCCACUGUAUUGUAACUUAUGAAAAGGAAGAGGAGGCCACAGCAACAAGAAAAGCCCUGCAUGGAACCCAAUGGCCGUCAUCUAAUCCCAAAGUUCUCAGAGUGGAAUACGCUUCUCAGGAGGAGCUGGAAAGAUUCCAAAAUGCAGACAAGCCCAUCGUAAUAACCAAAGAGGUCAAGCAGGACACUAGAAAGGAGAGGGAGGAAAAAGAAAGAGCUGAGAGGGAGGCGCGGAGGGAGGCCAGGAAAAAGGAAGAAGAGGAGGAGAAAAAGAGGCGCCGGACACCGCCAAUGAGGGAGUGGGACCGCCACAAGAUCAGACAGUCACAGGAAAGAGAGGAGGGGCCUCCUCGCCGAGGGAGAAGUAGGUCAAGGUCACCCAAGAGGGGCAGGGGCCGGAGUGGGGAACAAGACAGUAGGAGAGAUAGAAGAGACCAGAAAGUUGAAGAUGAGCCCCCAGCAAAACUCCUGGAUGAUUUGUUUAAGAAGACAAAAACCACUCCGUGUAUUUACUGGAUACCCUUAUCAGAAGAACAGGCAUCGCUUCGGGAGAAGAAAAGACAGGAGGAAAAAGAAGAACAAGAGAAAAUGUGGAAAGAGAGAGAAGAAAAUGCAGCUAAGAGAUUACAAGAAAGACGGGAGAGAAGUCCUUGGCGAGGGGAUGAUGACCGUCGGAGGGGGGGAAUCAGAAUCAGAAGUCGCAGUCGAGACAGACCCCCCAGAAAUCGCAGUGGGAGCCGCAGCAGGGAUAGGUCGGCCAGAAAACGCAGCAGAAGCGAUGACCGGAGCAGGGAACGGGGAAGAAGAAGAUGAAAUUUUUAAACUUCGCUCUAUUAGAUCAUUUUAUUUUGUUACGUCUCCAUUAAUUUUUGUUGGGCUAGUGAAUCAACUGUUGACAGACAUCAUACUAGACAUUUUGAUAAAUAAAUUCAUUUUUAAUUU